AACCAGGAGACUCUUCUGCUGGAGGAAACGUGCAAGAAAACUCGGUCCGUCAGUUUGGUGAAGGUGCUGCGUCUUUGUGGAUGUCAUAACUUUCGAUCCGCCACCAAAACCUUCGCACCUUCGGUCUCAUGGUCCAGCUAACGUUUCCAAAUUCAAGACUCGAUCAAACUUGGUGCAGACCUGGAAAGUUUUUAAAUUUUACUCGAUAAAAAACAAAAAGAAAGUAGGCGCUGGAUAAAGUUGGGUCGUCAACUGUCAUCCAUAGUACAACAACCUGAACCAUUAGAUGUAUGUACUACGAGUUACGAAGAAAGUGAAUUUAUUUUGUCUGUUCUCGAAAACGCAGCACUGUGUAGUAGCAAGUGCUCAGAAGAUAGAAUAAUACACGGUAGAAGAGAAAGGAUCAUCUCCGUUGCCAUUUUUAUUUAACUCGACACCACUACCACCAUUAUUACACUGAUCACAAAACGGCCGGACCAAUAAAUCUGCCUUGUCUGCUGUCAUCACCAUACACAAGUAAGAACCAGGGUUGUCGGGUUAUUAUUUUAUACCAAACAAUUUGGUGCCCAUUUAUCAAAACACCUUCAACGCCUUGUUCUGUCCGACUCGUGGAAGAAUAUUUAAUUUAUAAUGCGUUCGCAUCUAUCUUCGUUCCGACAACGGCUUAACUUAUGCAACAUUUGGUGAAUGGGUAAAAAAUAAAUUGCAGCCAUUAUCACACGCUAAACGAAUAGUGGAUGUAUGAUCAAGCGGAUAAGAGGAGAGAGAUGGGCGAAGAAAGACAGUGCGUUUAGCUUCUCACUGUAAUGCCCACGUCGUCUGCUGAUUAGCAAUACGCGAAACACAACUUAUUUUCGUAUCUCUGAUCUCUUGCAGCUCGAAUAAGUGUCCCACAUAUGUGUUUCCGAAAAUAGAGCCAACCUUUCUUUCUGUGUACUUCUCAAUUUCUCGCACUCUUUCCACAAGAGGCAGCAGAUAAGAAAAGGGAAUAAACGAGUUGGAGUCAAGGCGAAAACGGUGUAUGUGACGACGACGCCACUGCUUGCUGCUGCUGUAGGCAUUACGUGCAUGUUGAGAUUCAGCACAAGACGAAGACCACGUUAUUAAUAAUAAUACGAACGUUCAUAAAAUAACUUCAUCAUACAUAGCACCACGACUCGUGUAUAAGAUUCGUUCUUCUGUUUACCACGUCUCGCACACUACUUUCUCAGUUUCCUUUCAAACCCAAAGUCGUAUCAAAUCCACCUCACGUUACAUGAUGCAGCAGUAGUGUGGAUGCAAAAGUUUCGACUUCUUGGCCAGCAGUCUUGUUCUUUCCUGCCUCGACUCUAUCGCUCCGAGAAGAACAUAGAAGAACGACUUGGUUUAUUAAAGAGAAUUAAACACCAAAGCAGCAGCGUCAAAUCCCAACCUUUGCUUCCUAUUCGUUCUUGGUUCCAGUUUACAAUAAUAAGAAGGACUUAUCGCACUGUUCCAUUCUCUACAACUCAGCCCUACCAGAAUUACUACAACUUUCACCGUCUUACUUGAGAUCAAAGUCUUACUCUUAAUAAAGAGAAGGAGAGAGAGAGAGAGAGAGGCAGUCGACAGUGAAGUGGACGUGGUUCAAAGACGGACGUCCGCUGUCACUCUGACCUGUCCACAAGAAGGGAUAAGAAAAGGGGGAUUCUCAGAAGGGAGACUCCCUUUAAGCCCGGAUUUAUUAUUCUCUUUUACAACCAAGAUUAAGAAAUUGAAUUAGAUACCCUUCGCAUGUCAUAGGAUUCAAUAGAGUGCAGCCUGUUACCGCGUUGAGAUUUCGACCAUAUACGUUCGUACAUAUGUAUGUGCAUACGUAUUGCGUAACAACAACAUAAAAGAGAAAGACCAACCUCUUGAACUCACAAUGACCAAAAAAAAGUUAUCGCGAAUAAGUGGCGUGUUUACGUGAAGUGCAAGAAGUAAGUGUCUUGCCUCAUCCGAUAUUCAAGAGGUGAUUACACCACACACAUAUACGACGACUUCCUUUAUUCACUCCAACAGAGACGCACACCUCUCUCGACUCUUGACUUUUGCUUAUUCCCAAAAGUGUAUCAACAUCAGAGUCAGAGUCAGCCCAAGACUACAACAAGAAUAAAAACAUGUAAUUUUAGUUGACUCGACCGUUUAAGUGACCGCAACUUCUUGACCACAGUUGCAUGAAACUAACUACAUAUACUCUAAAAAAUUUUAUGUACGUCAUCCUCCAACUGCUAAACUAAUUAUUAGUGAACGAUUAAUAGUGGUUACAUACUAUAUGUACAUUUAUCUACAAAUUUUUGAACUUUUAUAUAGGUCUUGCUAACAUUAGCUACAUAAUUAUGUAUGACUAGUGGGAUUUGAUUCCGUGACAAAUAAAAUAAUUUCAUCUUGCGGUUCAAAAUCAAGGACUACGCACGUCGAUCGUAUUUGCUUCUUAUGUGUAUCUGGUUAUCUGACCAGAACGUAAUUGGGUGUUAUAGGGCAUAAAUAAAUGAUGGUGCUGCUACUAUGAGCCUAAAAAGAACUAAAUACUGCUGUGAAAGCAUAAGAAAGUUGCACGGAAUAUUUUUUAUGUGGAAACGAGCUAAUUUCAACUUUGGGCGUUGUUGAAUUAGUUUGAGAGGAAGAAGGAUUACUGGCUGCGGAACAACAACAAAUGUUAACAAUGCCGAGAUGAGAGGAUGAACGUACUCGUCAUCGUCAGCAUUAGUGAAAGGUGUUUAUGCCCGCCACAUGCAACAUGAUUUCUGGAGGAGGAUAAAUAGCUUCCACCCUGGAUACACAUCCAUUUACAAGUACUUAGCUAAUAGCCUACUUAAAGAAAAUCAAUGUGCACCACUGCUGUACGAGCUGCUGUUCUUUUACUGAAACAGUGUUGUGACGACCAUAUCGUUCUUGAUCCAUUUCGUAAGUGAGUAGUAGCGGAAAGAUGACUUGUUAUCUUAGUCUGGCUCACUUCCACCACCAUCGCCCCUCAUCUCCUCACUAACUCUCGUCUCAUCAUCACAAGAAGAAAUGCCAAUUCGAAAGGGGCACGUCGUUCCUCCAACCACGCUCAUCGAAUCUAUAAUUCGCAAGUUUGACAGUCAGAACCGAAAUUAUGUGCUUGGAAACGCCCAAUCACCUGAAUGCGCGAUCAUAUAUUGCAGCGACCUUUUCUGCCGUCUCACGGGCUACACGAGGGCAGAGGUUAUGCAAAAAGGAGCCAUAUGCGCGUUUCUUCACGGACCACUCACCGCACAGUCGGCAAUCCUUCAAAUUCAAGACAGUCUCAUCAGCGAGGAGGAGCAGCACGUGGAAACCGUGUUUUACAAAAAAGAUGGAAGUCGCUUCUACUGCUCCAACUUGAUAGCUCCCGUGCGGGACGAGAACGGAGACAUCUGUCUCUACCUGCUAAAUUUUGAGAACCUCUCUUCCACGACGCCCGAGGAGGGAGCCAGCCCGACAGAGGUAGCUAACCACCUCCUCAGCCGAUUUGACAGGGCCAAGCAGACGGUGAGACGGUCCCUGCGACGGAAGCGACCUUCGUCACUCAAGUCGAGGCUGGCAGCCGCUCCUUCCCUUCCUCCCAUUCCUGCCUCCGAUGCGGUUGAACUUGUCUCAGAAACGCAGGACAGACCGCUCGAGCAACGACGACGACCUUCUUUUAAACAUUCCAAUUCAGAUCUCAGUCUCCGACCCACCACGCUUGACACUACUGGAAAUGGCAGACAAAAGCCUCACCUCCAGGGUGGUUUCAGAAGAAGAGACGAUAAACGUAAUCGUCAAGCCUUCCCUGGUUCCAGUGAACCUUCAACUGGAGGAGCAUACCCUGACAGUGGAGGAGGAGCGGGUCGUGGGUGGUCGGCCCCACCAGAGGACCAAGAGUGCACCCCAUCCACCGUCGCGUCUCAGUCCCAACUGCGGGCGACAUCUUCGCUGGAAGGCAUUGGUCCCGUGUCCACCAAAUUGGUUCAACCAAUGCCGUCAAGGUCCACCACAGUUACGAAUCUGUCGUCUAACUUUAUGGAAUGGAAAUCAAAUGGUUUGGUUAGACCGCAUACACUUGACGACAUUUACCAUACCCAAGCAAAACGGGCCUUGUCCAGCAAUAAAAAGGGACUUCCCAAUGUUUCCAAUUCAGACUCGGACUUGGCUCGUCAUCGCAUUUCGUUGCCAGACAAUCGGGAUCGUUGUCGAGAAAAGAAAUCACCGUCAUUGAGCAACCUGACUCAUCAGGAAGGCCUCUCCAAGUACAAAAUGUCAAUCCAGGAAAACGGGUCUGGAAAAUUAUUCCAAGUGAAAGUAGGAGAGAAAGUUGCUCAGGUGCUGUCCCUGGGGGCAGAUGUUUUGCCAGAAUAUCGACUCCAGUCGCCUCGCAUUCACAAGUGGACCAUUUUGCAUUAUUCGCCGUUUAAGGCGGUGUGGGACUGGCUGAUUCUUAUCCUAGUAAUGUACACGGCCAUUGUUACGCCUUACGUUGCAGCUUUCCUACUCAAUGAACCUGAUUUUGCUGAAAACAAACAAAAGCCCUACAGUGAGGAUCCGAUCGUCGUCGUCGACUUUAUCGUUGACAUCAUGUUUAUAGUGGACAUUCUGAUAAAUUUUCGGACAACGUAUGUGAACGCAAAUGAUGAAGUAGUGUCAAAUCCUGGCAGGAUCGCUGUCCACUACUUCCGUGGGUGGUUCAUCAUCGACUUGGUUGCAGCCAUACCGUUCGAUUUACUCCUUUACCUUUUCGGGACGAAUACGGAUGAAACUACGACACUAAUCGGACUGUUAAAAACUGCACGACUUCUUCGGCUUGUCCGGGUUGCGAGGAAGAUUGAUCGUUACAGCGAGUAUGGGGCUGCUGUGCUAUUGCUUUUAAUGGCGACAUUUGCUCUUAUUGCCCAUUGGCUGGCUUGUAUUUGGUAUGCAAUUGGCAAUGCGGAGAGGACAUUUAGCAAUCCAGGGAUUGGGUGGCUGGACCAUCUUGCAAACGACACGCAUCAAUUUUAUGGUUUUGAUGAAAACAAUAAAACAGUCGGUCCUACAUUAAAGUCGAGGUACGUUACUGCCUUAUACUUCACCUUCAGUAGUCUAACUUCUGUCGGUUUCGGCAACGUUUCUCCUAAUACGGAUGCCGAAAAAAUGUUCACGAUUGCCGUCAUGCUUGUUGGAUCCUUAAUGUACGCCAGCAUCUUUGGAAAUGUUUCCGCGAUAAUACAACGGCUAUACUCGGGGACUGCUCGAUACCACACACAAAUGCUUCGCGUCAGAGAAUUCAUUAGGUUUCAUCAAAUUCCAAAUCCAUUGCGGCAACGGCUCGAAGAGUACUUUCAGCACGCUUGGACAUACACCAACGGUAUCGACAUGAAUAGCGUCCUGAAAGGAUUUCCAGAAUGCCUUCAAGCUGACAUUUGCUUACAUUUAAAUCGAAACUUGCUCAACAGUUGUCCGGCUUUCAAAGAUGCUUCUCAGGGGUGUCUGCGCGCUUUGUCAAUGAAAUUCAAGACAACACACGCACCACCCGGAGAUACACUGGUCCAUCGAGGGGAUGUGCUUACUGCAUUAUACUUUAUUUCGAGAGGUUCUAUCGAAAUACUGAAAGGUCCCUUGGGAUCCCAACAAGAUAUUGUGAUGGCGAUACUCAGCAAAGACGACAUUUUUGGUGAGAAUCCAUGUAUUCAUCCCACGAUUGGAAAAUCGUCCUGUAAUGUCAGGGCUUUGACGUACUGUGAUCUUCACAAAAUUCUUCGCGAUGACUUACUGGAUGUACUUGAUAUGUACCCAGAAUUUGCAAACUCGUUCUCAACCAAUCUUGAAAUUACGUUUAAUUUGCGUGAUGAGGAACUUUCUGGCGUGGAUCCACGCAUUGCUCGACACAAAUCCUUUUAUGGUGCAUCAUGCUCUUCUGUUGAAGGGAGGGAAUCUGACGUUAGGAAAAAAGCGUACAAGCCUCCGAGAUUGCGAAGAAGGAAAAGAGAGAAGCCUACUGACUCAAUGGACGGAAGUACUGACGAAGAGGAACGUAUCGGGAUGGAGAGGACGCUCAUAGAUGCUUGUAGAAGGCUGACCAGUACUAAUUGUGUGGAAUUAGCUCCCGAUUUGGCGGAUAUUGAUAUGACUCCACUAUCUCGUGAUUUUGGUGAACAACAGGUCGAAACAAACGGGAACAACAAGUUGACAACGUCAGUACUAGUAGAACAAGUGAAGAAAGACAGUAGCAAAUCACAUCGCCGCUCAAUCACACAUUCCUACCCGGACGCGGACGUUUCAUUCGAUUCUGACGCUCCUAUUGACAUUCACUUGCAUAGACGGAUUGAUCAUCUAAGCAGAAAAAUGGAAGACAUUGAGCGAAAACUGGGUUCUGACAUUCAUACCAUUCUCAUUAUGAUGAAAAACUUGCAACCUUCAGCAAAGUUAGGUCCGGAACAGCACCCAAUGAGUGGGGUUGCCACCAAGCCAGCAAAGGUUUCCCACUACCAGCAACCAUCCACCACUUUAUUGCAACCUAUUAUUUCCCUUAAAGACGCACCCCCCACGGCCUCUACUAGUCAAUACAAACUAAGGAAAGCUGAGAACGUUGACGACUCUGAACAAAUAGCUCAUGAUGACGUUCCUCGGUCCACCUCACACUCUUCAAAACUCAACAAAAGUUGGACCGACAAUAGCAGAGAGGAUUCAAAAGGAAGUGAACCAGAUUCGUGGGAUAUUUCUGAAGCACCAAUUGCUAGAUUAGACGCAUCGCUAGAAGAUAUUGACCGACCACAGGACGACUUUUUCCGUGAAACAAAUAAUGACAAGCCUUUCGUUAAAAGCAACUCCAAAUCUUCGGAUGUAUAAAGCUGCUUGGCUUUGAAAUAACUGUUAAAAUAUUUCAUAUAUCUCAUACUGCUACUAUUACUAAUAAGGACUAGAACCUUCAUGACCACAAUAUUAUCUAUAUAGACAGCCCGUCAUGUGAGGGGAGAGACCAAAUUAUGAUGACGAAGGAUAACUUUUGCGAUCCAAAAAAACAACAAUUAUAUACAUAUAUUGCCCACUUUGUCAGCCUUACUUUCAUAUUGAAACUAUAUAUACCUAAAUAGGGUUUUAUAGGUACAGCAAUGUAUUGUACACAUACUCAAAUCCGCACUGACUUUUUUCCAAGAUAACAAAACGAUCAUUAAAUAUUCCAGCAACAGCGCAGACAUAAAUAAUAUAUAAUUGACCACUUGUUAUACCAAUGGCGUACUUACGUUCGUGGGACACACUAUAUACAUACAUGUAUUUGCUAAAAAUCUACACCCGGAAGACGCAAUCUGCCUCCAUUUCUACUUUAGUAUCUGAUUGUGAAAGUCACCGCAAACUAAUACAAAAUUGUUAUCAAGUACUCUGCAGAAGAGGAGAGACGAAUUUAUUUUGUGCUGCGCAGCAACAAGGCAAACCUCGGGUCCCAUUUUAUGCCUUUAAAAAAAUUCGAUAGAUUAAAAUGUAAGAGGUUAAAUACUGGAUGAACCAAUAAGCAAUUUUAAGCGUUUUAUUAUUACAAAUCAGUUCUUAUCAUAAGCCGUGAUCAAAAAACCCUUUAUGUAUUAUUAUGAAAACUACAAUGAGUGGAUUCGUUAUUGAAAUUAUUUUCUAGUAAUGUAAUUUAUUGCCGAAACGGAUUCGAAAGAAAAGACGGCGGCGUCAUCACCGCUGACUCAUGAAAGUCGGGUUGUAUGUAAAUUCUCCCGAAAUAUGUCUUGUAUUAAUAGGUCUGUGGUGGUGGGAGGUAUUCAGUAAGACAAUUGACUGUGAUUCACGUUUGUAAAUCAUUCCAUUUUAAUUAACUGCACUGUUAUACGCUUCACAACCAUAUAUGAAUGAACACGCAUAUGAUUAUGUACCAUAUUUAGUUUAGCCAAAACAAUUAUAGCGGGUUGAUCUGAUAUUCAACCAAAACUUCCCUUAAAUUAGUAUAUAUACAUCUCAUGAAAGAACCCUCCAGAUUCAUCCGAAUAAUAAAACGCUUAAAAUCAUAUACAAAAUUGA